UUGAGCGUUGGCUCUGCUCAGUCCCUGCAGCGGCCACCGACCGUGUGCAUCGUUGAAGGUCUCUUCUCGCGGCCGCAACUCACGCGCGACACGGACGCCCGAAUUCACUCUCAUCGCUCUCACCCUCAGAGUGAAUUAAUUUUUUCAAGUGAGCCGCAGUGCGUCACGAUAUCAUGUCGGCCUGUCCUGCCCUUGUGUUCGUGGCGCUCGCCCUGCUGCUGGCCGUGCAGGCACAACCGCCCUCCGCAAUGAGGCCCGUGCCGGACACCGUCAGUGACAAGGACGCUCCUACUCAUUGUCCAACGAAUUGCAGCCCAAACAGGGCAGGGCAGCAGCGCAAGCACGUUUGCGGCAAUGACGGCAAGACCUACCCAUCAGCCUGCCACCUGCUGCUCCAAAGUUGCCAAAACCCAGGCAGCAAACUGCUGGUUCAAUCUAGGGGCAAAUGCAGGCCCAACAAGCAAAGUGGCGGAAGCUCAGAAUCUCAAGGAAACACACACUGUCAGGAGGCACGCAGGUUCCACGCUUCCAAGGAGCAGGAGAACAAGUUUGUGCCCGCGUGCGACAAGGACGGCCACUUUCUGCCGAUUCAGUGCUUUAACGUGUACUGCUGGUGCGUGGACACCGUCUCCGGAAACCCCAUCCAUAACACCUACACCGAAAACGACAAACCCGAUUGCAGCAAAAUUGCCGCUGCACCAAAGACAAAGAAGUCAGGCUCGUCAAACGGCAACCAGUCGCAUAUGCGGAAAGCGUCACAGCGGCCGAACGCCAAGACCGGUAGUAAAUUGCCCUUCGGUGAAAUCUCAAACAGACCGAAGCCAAAGAAAGCGUGCGAAAGCAUGGACAGAAUCACCUUCAACAAAAACCUGCUCAAUUCGCUCAUCGUGGACAUGCGACGCCAGAACAUUACACACAGGCCUGGAAACUUUGGCGAAAUCAUAAUGGAGGAGAUAAAAGAUCCUGAGGUACAGCGGCGGAUCCUGGAGCAUAAGUUCAACAUGCUUGACCAGAACAAAGACCGUGUGCUGGAAAAGAAAGAAUAUCGCACCCUGAGGAAAUUUGCACGGCUAAACGUGAUGCCUCGGAGGUGCUCGCACUCAUUCAUGCAGCGCUGCGACCUCAACAAGGACACCAAGAUCACCAAGGACGAGUGGCUCGGCUGCCUUGGCUUUGACACGCACAAUUCUUCUUUCAUUCCAUUGCAUCUGUUUAAAAUGCUCAACUCAUCAACGGGUGCGUUGCAUCAUGACACCGCUGAUGAGGGUUCAAUGCAAUCGUUACUACCACCGCCGAAUUUCGGCCAAAGUGGCUUGCCUGAAGCGCGCAAGGGAACUAUUCUAGACAUCCCAAUCGUCGAGGAGGAAGGACCCGGCGUAGGUAGUAGCGAUGGUGACAGCUCCGAGGAACCUCCAGAGGGUAAAGGCUGCUUCUUUGAAAGGAGGAGUGCUCAAGAUCAGGACACAAAAAAUUUAUACGUGCCAAAUUGCACGGAAGACGGAAAGUACCUGCGGAAGCAGUGCUACCCAAGCACAGGCUACUGUUUCUGCGUGGACGAGGAAGACGGAAAAAUGCAACCUGGCUCAAUCGUUCUUAACAGUGAGCCACAAUGCGAGUCGCGGCAAUCGAGUUCUUCCAUCAAAUCCCCUAGCUUCAUGGACAAGUGCAACGAGGAAAAGAAAAAACGAUUCAUCAAAAACUUGAAAGAGCUGAUGAACAAUAAAAUCGAAUAUUCCAGCUGGAGCAGCACCGACAAAAAUGGUGACAGGGCCAAGUACGAGAAGCUGGUGUCCGCCUCAUUCUUUGACUCUCUAGACAAGAACAAGGACCACGCUUUGGACAAGAAGGAGUGGAAGGAGUUCCGCAAGAUCGUGGACGAAUCCCAGGUUGACAAGCAGUGCGGCAGGAGGUUCCUUCGCUAUUGUGAUACAGACAAGAAUAGCAGAGUGUCUCGCACCGAGUGGGAGGCUUGCUUGACAGUAAAGAAAGCACCAGCCACUUUUGGCAAUAACGACGACAUUUUUAUUGGCAAGCCAAACGCCAACCGAAGAGGGCCGAAUCCGCUUGACGCUCUACUGGUUUACGAUUGAGUUUGUAUGCCAUCCCAUUUGAAAUUAAUUGCAUUUGCCAAGAUUUAUGAAGGCGCUUGACUAGCCGAGAAGAUAAUAUUUAGUAUUUUGACAAGAACGAGAGCAGGACAGUGUUUGUGACAAGUGAGAUUUCAAUAUUUCGCAUCAGUAUGCUUAUUAUAUAUGUAUUUAUAUUCUUGGAAAACUUGACGUCUGGUGUUAUUUUCGUGUCAACAAGUUUCAUUAGCUGAAGUUGUACUAAGUAUGUGACUGUGUCUCAUUUUAUCUCACGCGCGAGGACACUUCAUUUUUAACUUAUUCGCAAAAAUGCCUAUUUGAGUUUUAAGUAAAUUUGUAAACAUAAUGCGAUGCUAACGUUGCAAAGAUCAUCACAUUAGAGUGUAUCUUUUAGUUGUAAAAUAUAAUAAUAAUGCUGCAUUGUCUAACGCAAAGAUCCUUGAGUGAACGCAAAAAUUUAGCUAAUCAGCAUAUAUGAGCUAAUUAAACCACUUCCAAUAUUAUUUGUAAGUCUGGACCUAAUUAAUACUUUGAAUUAUCAGUUGAAGAAGACAGUUUCAAAGGGUCUGCUACAAAAUUGUACUAACUAUAGUAAUUGUAAGAAAUACUAUGAGAUAUGAAAAUAAGAAUGUUGCAAUAUAUUAAAAAUUGUAUUUCAAUCAUAACUAUUUCUCCCAAGAAAUUUA